CACAAUACACAGAGCAGUGUGUAACAACCACAGACGAUGGCGAGAGACAGACAGUGAGGGUGAACAGAACUAAAACACACAGAAGGCAACUACAAGGACAACGCUUGGGGACAGAAAGACCGGGAACAAUCAAAUAAGGAGAAAAAAGGAAAACUGGGAAAGAGGGAGAGCAGCCGCAGCAAGGCAGCCUAACUCGGCUCGUGAUGUCCAAGUGAAGACAAUCAGUCACAGACUGUAGGCAAAGGCUGUGUAAAUGGAAGAGAUGGAGGGUUUCUAGAUAGCGGAGGAAGAAGUGUGUGUGUGUGUGUGUGUGCAGGGCAUGGUCGGACUGCAAUGGCUCUGUCGCUGUCAUCGCUGCUGCUGUCCUGCUCGGCUGCCUCUACCCUUCCCCCUGCACUCUGAACCCAUUCAACACGCACAGAGAUGAGCUCCAAACAUUCAUCUGACUGGAUCCCUUACAGCACCUUGGAUGAUGAGGCAACUAACCAACGGCAACAGAAGCUGGACAGACAGCGAGCUCUGCUGGAACAAAAGCAGAAAAAGAAGCGUCAGGAGCCCUUGAUGGUGCAGUCUAAUCUGGAUGGGAGAUCUCGAGUCCGUAGGACCCGGCAGUCAGAGGAACAGGCACCACUCGUGGAGAGCUACCUCAGCGGCAACAGCAGCACCAUCUACCAUGUACAAGAAGCGGAACAGGAAGACGUUAAAGCUGUAGCAGAGGUUCAGGCCCCUCGCUCGGCUAAAAAAACCAAGCAGCCUACCUCCACUCCUCAGACUGGCAGCGCCAAGAAGGAGAAAAAGGGCAAGCACAAAGGGAUUGAUGGUCCCGCUGCCUACCAGGAUGAGGGUCAGGAGCUGGGCAACCAGAUUCAGAUCCUGACAGUGGGCCACUCACCUGCCCAGGACAGCGAGGCAGAGGGCCAGGGUGAGGCAGUGGGCAGCACACAGUCACAGGGCAAACAGGACCUACGGGUCACCAUGCUGAAGAAAGGCAUCUCGAGUAGCAUGAACUUCGAUGAGGAGGAGGAUGAAGACGAUUUGGUCAGCUCAAGCUCAUCUCAGCUUAACAGUAACACAAGACCUGGCUCUGCCACCAGCAAAAAGUCCAGCAAGGAGGCGACCUCAGCAUCCACCCCAUUGGCCAACGAGCCGUCCAUCGAUGUGGACGACCUGGAGGAGUUUACUCUCAGACCUGCCCCCCAAGGGGUGACUGUGAAGUGCAGGAUCACUCGGGAUAAGAAGGGCAUGGACAGGGGCAUGUACCCCACCUACUACCUCCAUAUGGAGAGGGAGGAUGGCAAGAAGGUGUUCCUUUUAGCUGGGAGGAAGAGAAAGAAGAGCAAAACAUCCAAUUAUCUCAUCUCCAUCGACCCCACUGACCUAUCUCGAGGUGGCGAGAGCUUCAUUGGCAAACUGAGAUCAAACCUCAUGGGCACCAAGUUUACAGUGUAUGACAGUGGUGUGAACCCAGUCAAAACCACCUCCAGCCUAGAAGUCGGCAACUUACGGCAGGAGCUUGCAGCUAUCUGCUAUGAAACUAAUGUUCUAGGCUUCAAGGGACCUCGAAAGAUGAGUGUCAUUAUUCCAGGAAUGAACAUGGACCACGAAAGGGUCUCCAUCAGGCCUCGAAAUGACCAUGAGUCUCUGCUGGCUCGAUGGCAGAACAAAAGCACUGAGAGUGUGAUAGAGCUCCACAACAAGACGCCUGUGUGGAACGAUGACACUCAAUCAUACGUGCUCAACUUCCAUGGAAGGGUCACCCAAGCAUCCGUAAAAAAUUUUCAGAUCAUUCAUGACAAUGACCCGGACUACAUAGUGAUGCAGUUUGGUCGUGUAGCAGAGGAUGUCUUCACUAUGGACUACAACUACCCCAUGUGUGCCCUUCAGGCAUUUGCAAUUGCUCUGUCCAGCUUUGACAGCAAGCUGGCCUGUGAGUAGCCAUCUCUCUGCCAGCCAUGACCACAAAAUGACCCAGCCAGACUGCUUUACAAUCAGAAUCACUGAAUAAAGGGCUGCGGUGAACUCCACAGCAACGGAGUCCUUCUGUCAACAGUCAUGAACAUGUAUGGCCUUUUAAAAAAAAACUUUUGUCCCCCAAGACAGUGGGGGAAAAGCACAAAGACUAAAACACUGUUUUCCCUUUUAAUCUGUUAAAAUGUGUGUGUGUGUUUGGGGGGUGUAUCUUCAUCAUAAGAAGAUACAGUUGAAGUCAGAAAUGUACAUACAACUUCGCCAAAUACAUUUAAACUAUUUUAAGUGUGUUAAGAAUGUGAAAUAUCAGAAUAAAAGUAGAGAAAAUUACAUAUUUCAGAUUUUAUUUCUUUCAUCACAUUCCUAAUGGUUUAGAAGUUUACAUACAAUUUGUUAGUAUUUGUCAGCAUUGUCUUUAAAUUGUUUAACUUGGGUCAAAUAUUUUUGGCAGCCUUCCACAAGCUUCUCAAAAUAAGUUGCUGGAAUUUUGGCCCAUUCCUCCAGACAGAACUGGUGUAGUCAGGUUUGUAGGCCUCCUUGCUCGCACACGCUUUUUCAGUUCUGCCCACAGAUUUUCUAUCUGAUUGAGGUCAGGGCUUUGUGAUGGCCACUCCAAUACCUUGACUUUGAUGUCUUUGGCACAACUUUGGAGGUAUCCUUGGGGUCAAUAAUGUCCAUUUGAAAGACCCAUUUGUGACAGAGCUUUCACUUCGUGGCUGAUAUCUUGAGAUGUUGCUUUAAUAUAUCCCCAUCAUUUUCCUUCCUCAUGAUGCCAUCUAUUUUGUGAAGUGUCCCAGUCCCUCCCACAGCAAAGCACACAACAUGAUGCUGCCACCCCCAUGCUUCAUGAAUGCGAUGGUGUUCUUCGUCUUGCAAGCCUCACCCUUUUUCCUCCAAACAUAACAAUGGUCAAACAGUUACAUUUUUGUUUCAUUUGACCAGAGGACAUUUUUCCAAAAAGUAAGAUCUUUGUCCACAAAGUGCACUUCCAAACUGUAGUCUGGCUUUUUAUGAGUUUUGGAGCAGUGAUUUCUUCCUUGCUGAGCAACCUUUCAUUUUAUGAUGGAAUAGGACUUGUUUUACUGUGGAUAUAGAUACUUGUCUACCUGUUUCCUCCAGCAUCUUCACAAGGUCCUUUGAUGUUGUUCUGGGAUUGAUUUGCACUUUUUGCACCAAACUACGUUCAUCUCUAGGAGACAGAAUGCGUCUCCUUCCUGAGCAUUAUGAUGGCUGUGAGGUCUCAUGGUGUUUAUACUUGCUAACUAUUGUUUGUACAGAUGAGCGUGGUACCGUCAGGCAUUUGGAAAUUGCUCCCAAGGAUGAACCAGACUUAUUUCUGAGAUCUUGGCUGAUUUCUUUUGAUUUUCCCAAGAUGUCAAGCAAAGGGGCACUGAGUUUGAAGGUAGACCUUAAAAUACAUCCACAGGUACACCUCCAAUUCAGUAAACAUCCUAUCAGGAGCUAAUUGUCUAAAGGCUUAACAUUAUCUUCUGGAAUUUUCCAAGCUUUAAGCAAAGACACAGUUAACGUGUAUGUAAACUUCUGAUCCACUGGAAUUGUGAUGUAGUCAAUAAAAAUGAAACAAUCUGUGUAUAAACAAUUGUUGGAAAAAUUACUUUUGUCAUGCACAAAGUAGAUGUCCUAAAUGACUUGCCAAAACUAUAGUUUAGUAAUAUUAAAUCUGUGGAGUGGUUAAAAAAUUAGUUUUAAUGACUUCAGCCUAAGUGUAUGAAAACGAGUGACUUCAACUGUACAUUCAUUUGUAUCGCAGUCAAAAUGGAAUCUCCUUUUUCUUUCUUUACUUAACAGACAUUAUUGUGUUUUGCAAGAUAACACUAACAUUUUGUUAAUGUUAAAUUAAGAAUAUUUUACAGUGAUAAGUGUGUCCCUAAGGAAAAAAUACAAAAAAGAAGAAAAACAAACAAAAAAAAUUUCCAGGGUUCCACAUUCUACAAAAAUAAAGCUUAAUGUUCACUAACAAUUUAAAUAUUAUUUUUCACAAAAAAUGUAAUAUGUAGCUGUGAUUUAUAACAGAUUGGAUAUUUGGUUUACUUAAUGAACAGACUUUUGUAAAGUGAAUGUGAAUGUCAUAUGUGAAAUGGCUCCAGUUAUACAUAUGCCACCUGUGUCAUAAACCACUGAAAUAUGAAUUGUAUCAGUAGUACAGAAUGCUUCUUGAGGGCUCCAUAGUUAUUUUCCAGUGUAUGAAGUCAUGUUUAUUAUUUAUGUAUUUAUAUAGAUUUCCAUACCAUCUGCUGCUUUUGUCUUAGCCCUUUGCCCAUUAUUCUCUGUGCUUCAAGCACAAAUGUUGACAAGGGCACUUUCACACUCAGAGUUUUGUUGCAAACACAUUCAGAAAUGAGGAAUGUGUGAUAGUUCUACAAAAUAUAUGUAAUCAAUCAGUGGUCAACCCAGAUCAUGUGAAACAGAUCCCACUUUUUAUGUGGACCUUAGUGACGUUACUUCGUUGCGCCCCUAAGUGUACACCAAUAGAAUGACCCAAAAUCAAUAGCUCUAGUGUGAAAGUGCUCAAAGACCUUAAAGGGGCACUCAGUAAUUAUUUCCUCAUUUAAAAAGUUUUACUUCUAAAGAAAUGAAUAGUAAUUUUGAAACCAGUGUAUAAAAUUAUGACCACUCAUGUGAGAUGAAGAGAUCAGUUUUAUCAGUAAUCUUCUAAAUGCUAUUUUAUGCUAAAUGGAGCAGGGGUGAGCAGUGCCCUCAUGGGAGCUAAUCACAUAAUCUCAGUAACUGCCCUGUGAUUGGACACUUUCAUUCAUGUAUUAAAUGAAUCCUGGCUUAAUGUGUAUAGUGAAUUUCUACAGUGGCAUUGAUACUGAAAUCUACUGUUUGAGUGAUGCAGCAACUAGGCCACUGGGUGUCAGUGUAAGCCAUACUUCAGCAUACUUAAAAAAAUUACUGAAUGCACCUUUAAUGGUGAUAAAAUUGUGCUGUAUGAUAUUUUAUGUGAUGGUCAUUAUCAGGGUAAGUACAGCAUCAUCUCAGUCAUACUGACCCACUACAUUGCAGGGGAAUGUACUGAAUGGAGCACUUUAUUCAGAGUUUAAAGGUGGAAAGCUGUAUAUAUUGUGCCUUUGAACAAGACACUUGCGAUGCUUGAAGAUGCUACAUUGUUUAAUCCAGCCAGUGUUUAUUUAUCAUGCAGCUACCUGAGCUUCUGUCUUAGUUCUUGAGAACAACUUGUAUAUUUACAGUAAACCUACAUUAAACUGGGCAAGUCUGGUUUAGUUGCCUGCUUGUGUAAAAGCUGAUUUUUAUAAAAACAGAAAAACAACUAUUUGGAUUCUCAUUGACAAAGUGAGACUGACUUAUGCAAUUUGUCCACAAGCCAUCCAUGAAAUAUCCUGCUGCAUGUGUAUAAGAUUACUGUAGUGCUACAUUUACAAGUGUGUGGCACUAACAAAAUGUCAAAGAGGACAGUCAAAUGUAAAAAAAAUAGAAAACUAAAUUCAGCAUACUUUUUCUACUAGUUUGUUAAUGUACGCAUCUUUGCUAAACAAUGCUGAUGAGUGAAUCAAGGAAGUGAUCUAUCAUCAAUGUAAUAAUGUCUGGAUGUUUUGGUUGAUUAUUAUAUUAUUCAUAAUUUCAGUUAAAAUUCACUGUAAACUUGGCAGAAAAAAGUUGCAGAAAUACAAAUAUUUUGUUAUAGUUUAAUAACUUACAACAUUAGUGUUGAAUUAAUGUGUCAUAAUUGAAUCUAUCAUAGUUAUUUUUCCAUACAGUCUCAUUUGACUUGGUGGUGAAAACUGAAUCUUCCAUCACACAGGACAACAUAGAUUGGCUAUUGACUAGAGAAGUUAUAAUUGCUUUACUUUUUUAAAGAAUACAAGAUAAAGGCUAGACACGUGCUGCAAACCUUAAUUUUCUUUCAUAUUUCAACAUCAAGUAGAAAACUCAAAACAUUACACAAGUGCUAUUUCUUCCAUUUUUAAUAUUCAUUUUAAUCAUAUUAAAAUUAUAGCUUCAGACACAACAUUUUAAAAUAUAUUUCCCCCAGAAAUGCAAUUUAAUAUUACAUUUUUAGUCAAUUUUAUAUAUGUGUGUGUGUUCACGUCCAAGAUUACAUUCUUAGACAUACUGAAAAUACAUUUGUGAGGUUUACUGUAAGUUAUCAAAGUCUGCAUUUCAUGAAACCAUUCCAGCACUUUCUAUUCUUUGUUUAUGUUAUGCUUUAAUUUUGGGGUUGCUCUGGUAAAAAUACUAAAAAUGUAUUUGGUUUUCUGCUAUUUUUAUCUGUUUGGGGGGAAACAAAUCGUACCACUCUGUUAAAGUGAUAAUGUAUAACUGUUACGUCACAUUGUUUUGUAAAAUGUGUACAUUGGUCAAUAAAGUGUUUGUAUACAGUA